AAAUCGAUGGUUUUUUGGUUAGACUUUAAUAUCAAGUUUUGUAGAAACAAAUCAAAAUUUAUCUUCCUAAUUCGAUUAAUCUGCCGAAUAAUAAAAUAUUCAGACUACCACGCCGCAAGCGGUGACAACUUGAACUAAUUUUUCAAAUCAGCCGGCAAGUUAAAUUUCUGACAGCUAACUUCACUCCGGUGUUUGUAAACAACCCGCCGCUUUUAUUUACGCUCAGAAUUUUUGAGUUUUUAAUGAUUUAUUUAUUGAAAUAAUUUUAAAAAAAUGUCAAUCAAAGCUCUUGAUGGAAAUACAGUCAAAAGACUGACCACCACGCAAGUAAUAACGUCUGUGUUUAGUGCUGUCAAAGAACUUGUUGAAAAUUCUCUGGAUGCUGGCGCUAAAAAUAUUGAAGUCGUUUUUAAAAAUAAAGGAUUGUCAGCGAUUGAGGUUAAAGAUAAUGCGAGUGGAAUAUCAGCUGAAAGUGCAAAUUUAAUGGGAUUGCAGGGUUAUACGUCUAAACUGACAAAUUUUAAUGAUCUAGAGUCAUUAACAACCUAUGGAUUUCGUGGAGAAGCACUUAGUUCACUUUGCAAAGUCUCUAAAGUCCAGGUAAUAACACGGACAGUUGAAGAUGACGUUGGUAGAUGCUAUACUUUGGAUCACAAUGGAACAGUCACUGCUGUUCAACAUUGUCAUCGUACUUUAGGCACAACAGUGAAAGCAGAAAAUUUAUUUUACAACAUCCCAGUACGCAGACAAGUAAUAACCGACUCAAAAACAGCCAACAAAGACAUCAAAACCACUAAAAAGUGGUUGCAAAGCUACGGAAUCUGUCGUCCGGAAGUCUCAAUAAGUUUUAUAGUAGACUCCAAGAAUCUUUUUCUAAAACACGCGAAGCCAAAUUACAGAGACUGUUUAAUAGAAAUAUUCGGCAGAAAAUUAGUUACAAGCUGCGAGUUCAUUACUCACCAAGAUAAUAAAAUAAACAUCGUACUGACGGUCCCCAGGAAGGACUUAUCAGAUCUACAUGAAGUCUGCAGUGCAGAAAACUCUCAUAUAUUUGUAAACAAACGCCCUGUUUAUUAUGACGAAUUAGAAAAAGCGAUUGGCAAGAUAAUCGGCGAGUAUUUCAAAGAUAAAUUAGGUAGGAGUAAACUGUGUUUUUUUCUGCGCAUCGACGUAUCUCCAUCUGAGAUAGACGUCAAUCUCGAGCCGAACAAAGUCAAAAUUUUGAUGAUCAACCAGUCGGGUGUCUUGGAGCUUAUCAAGAAGCUGCUGGUUGAGUAUUACGGUCUUGAAGAAAAAACUGAUGAGCAAGCUGGAUUGACUAAUUCAGAAACUAUCUCUUCGCCGGCUUAUUUUGACUCUACUUUUAAUGACAGUGAAACUGAGGAAGAAAUGAGUAAUAAAAAAAGGAAGCUGACGAAAAAAAAUUCUAGGAGUUCGCUGAAGAAAAGUAAGUUGAACGAUGAUGAUAAAGAAAAUGUUUCGAGAGAAUUUAUAGAACCAAUUGAAGAUACUGUUAAAGAAAAAGAGAAAGAUUUUGGAAAUGAAAGCGAAAUUAUUGAAGACGUUUUGAGUCAGGUACCAGUGGUUGAUCUUGGAGAAGAUUUUUGUACGCAAGAGAUUAUUGAUAAGCCGACUUUGACUAUAGAAGAAAUUGAAUUGUUGGAGAAAAAAAUGCUGAGUGGGAUUUUAACUUUUGAUGAAGAUAAUGUUUCAAGUACACCUGAUUUAACUAGUGAUGCUCCAGUUAGGACUGAUGCACCUAGUGUGCCUAGUACACCUAGUGUACCUAGUACACCUGAUACUCCUAAUACUCCUCAAUACACUUUGUCACAAUGGAGUAAAGGACACUUACCGAUUCAGGGAGGAACAAAUGUGGUAAUUGGUAGACCGAGUCCUGGGAGUCAAAAAAUUAAAUCCGAAGCAGAAAGUGGUUUUCAAAUCUUCUGUCGAACUAAUCACUCGCAAAUGUCUAAUGAAAGUCCAGGAAUGAAUCCAGUUGAUUCUGCUGCCAAAUUGGCGGAAAAAUGGAGACAGCUAAGUCCUAGAGAACGUCAACAUUACCGGGAACUAGGUCGCAAUACGCAUUUCCUUCUGGAUACAAGUUUUGGUAACCGAAGUCAAAAGAAAAAGCUUCCGAAAGCUCCUGAGAAGGAUAAUAGGCUCAUGAAGAUGUUGAAGCAGCAGCUUGAGAAUAGAAAGCUUGCGAAAGUUGAGGAAAAUGAGAGUAAAAAUGAAAAUGAAAAAGAAAAUGAAAUUGAGAAUGAAAAUGGUACAGGUGAAAAAAAUUAUAUUGCUACAGUAGUGCCUUUAAAUAUAAAUAUGGAUGAUAUAAAGGAUGCUCAAGAGGAGAAAGAUAAAGUAAGUCUUGAAAAGUAUCGUAUUAUUGGAAAAUUGAAUGAAGUUUGUUUCGCAACUACGAAUACCCAAAUUUGGGGAUUUAAGUUAGAGUACUUGUUUGAUAAUUUGGAAUUGGAUAAAGUGCAGCGUCAAAUUGCUGAGGGAGAUACCAAGAAGAUUGAAAAAUAUUUUAAUCAAUGGAUCGAUGAAAAUGAGGAUUUGAGAAUUUUACACCGUAUUUAUGAUUUGAGAAAUCUUGAUCCUUCGUAAUGGUCAUAAAAUUCAAAUUAUCAAUUAAAAAAAGAAAAAAAU